AUGGAAGCAGGUAAAAUUGAGGUGCGGCGGACAUUCCCAUCAUGGGGACGUCUUCAGUUCAAAGCAUAUUGGUUUAUAGUAGAGUACAUACUAUGGACACCUUAUAUUGGCCCGUUAUUGAAGCCAUAUUUGGCCCUUGUCGGCUACAUCCUCAUGAUUACUGUCUAG